CGAAGAGGAUGUUUCCAUAGAUACGAAACAGCGCUUUGCUUGUGCUGUCAAAAUGCAGCCUGAAUAAAAAACACAACAGCUUUUGCGACUACCUACCUACACCUGAGUACACAAACAAGGACCCACUGCAGAGAUGUCUCAGUUGUCAGCUGAAGAUGAGGUGGAGUUACAAUCCCUGCUCAAGCAGCUUCUGAGAAGCAUCAACGACAGGAUCUCCAACGCUCCGUCAACCGAAUGUGCUGAAGACAUCCUGCUUCACCUGGAGGAGACCGACAAGAACUUCCAUAAUUAUGAGUUUGUGAAGUACCUCCGUCACUACAUGGAGCGCUCUCUGGGGACUGUGAUAGAAGAAGAGACUAAGAGCUUGACCAAAGGAGAUGGACAACCUGCAAUAGGCUCAGGUCAUGAUACGCUGAUCCAUGCCAUCACCCGGAGGACCAGAGACUCGGCUGAGUACCAGCAGAUGACGGAGACUUUGAAAAACUCCAUGAUCACGGCGGUGGAGUCUUUAAUCAACAAAUUUGAGGAGGACCAGAUGAGGAAGGAGGAGAUGCACCGAGAGAAGCAGCACGGUCAGUCCAACAGCCAGUACACCGACAACUGCUCUGACAGCGACUCCUCCUUCAACCAGAGUUAUCCCUUCAUCAGACAAGAGCAGCUGCAAGUGUUGGCUGAGAAACUUGACUCCAGCAGACCCAGAGAGGUGCGUUGGGAGGCUCUUCAGGCCCUCUGCUGCGCUCCUCCAUCCGAUGUGCUGAGCUGCGAGAGCUGGAGCAGCCUGCGCAGGAACCUCUGUGACGCUCUGAGUGACCCCGACCUCAGCGAUCAUGUUCUGCAGUUCUUCGCUAAAAGCUUCUCCUCCUCUCCGCUGAACGUGACACGAGAGAUCUACACCAGCCUGGCUAAAAGUGUGGAAUCAAGUUUUCUCUCACACAAACUGAGCUUCCCAUCCGGCUCAGCUGUCAUCGACAUCAACAGACCUGAGAUCAGUCGUCUGCUGAAACAGAUUCGAUUGAUGAAUGACUUUCAAAAGGAGGUGACCACGUUUUGGAUCCGCCACCCGGAGAAAUACAUGGAGGAGGUAAUAGAGAGCACCUUCUCCCUGCUGUCCUUCCCUCAUGAACAUGGCGCUGCCUCACCUGGAUCAGAGAAAACCCUGGAGCCCGUUCAUCUGCUGGCUUUACUGGAUGUUAAAGCCACAUGGUUUAAAAAGUGGAUGCAUGGACACUACAGCAGGACUGUAGUUCUCAGACUCCUGGAGAGAAAAUACAAGUCCCUGAUUGUUGCAGCCCUUCAGCAGUGCAUCCAUUAUAAUGAGUCCUGUGAGCGUUUCACAAAUGAGACGUCAGCAGAGCAGCACAACACGAGCUCAGUCCAGAGGAGUGUUUACUCAGGAAAAGAGCUGGAAUAUUCCUUCUUUGUCCACUCGCUGUGUGUCCUGGGGAAACUACUCAUCUACACUCACGGCAGAAAGCUGUUUCCCAUCAAAGUCAAGACGCACAAAGAUCCAGUCAGCCUGACAGAUCUGGUUGUACUCCUCAUAAACAUCAUGUACCAACACCCUGAACCUAUGCACAGUGACACCUCACACACAGACUUUCUGUCACCCAGCUGUCUGGCCAUGGAGGUGCUGUGGAUGCUGUGUGAGAGGACGGAGUGCGCUGCGGAGUGUCUCUACCAGAGCCCUGUCAUAGAGACGCUGCUGAAUCCAGUUAUAGCUCUGCUCAAUGGACAGCAGGCCAAAUUAAAAUCUCCUGCAGCAUCUCUGACGCUCAUCGCUGAUGUUCUGGCUCGCAUCGCAAACACCGACACAGGAUUGGCUCUCUUCUUAUACGAGACAAACCUAGUCGACGGUGAGAGCCGAACCUGUGCUGCUCAUGUCAUUGUUCAGUUCACCCUGAAGCUGCUGGAUAAGGAGCUGUCCUCGCUAAGUGAUUCCGACAUGUCCCAUGCAUUAUGUGGAGCCUUUAUCUUUGUCUGCAGGCAGAUAUACAACACCUGCGAGGGUUUGCAGGUCCUCCGACCCUACGGCCUCCACAGGGCUGUAGCUGCUGCGUGGAAAGAGACCAGUUCCUUGUCCGAGAGAAUUUCAACCCCGGUGCCUGGAGCCACUGCUGACACAUCAUCCCAGGAGCUGCACAACAUGCUCAUCUGGGAGGAGACGUUGUUGGACAGCCUGCUGAACUUUACUGCAACUCCUAAAGGCCUGCUGCUGCUCCAGCAGACAGGAGCCAUCAAUGAGUGUGUCUCCCACAUGUUCUCUCGCUUCACUAAAAAACUACAGGUGAGCCGCUGUGAGAAGUUUGGAUAUGGGGUGAUGGUGACCCAGGUGGCGGCGACCCCUCCAGGGGUUGUGGCUCUGUACAGUUCAGGUUUUAUCCGCGCUCUGGUUGUCGAGCUGUGGUCUGUUCUUGAGUGCGGCACCGAAGACGUGAGGGGGGUCCGUCCCAAACCAACACCCAUGGACCCCAUAGACAGGAGCUGCCUCAAGUCCCUCCUGUCCUUGGUCAACCUGCUCUCCUCUUCUCAAUCGGUGUGGGAGCUGCUGGGCGGGCAGCCUCUUGCCAACAAGAGUGAAUACACCCUGAGAGAGAUGCCGACAUCCAUCCCCGACAUGAUUGACAGGUUGAUCGCUGUGAAUUCAGAUGCAAAGAUUCAUUCCCUCUUCCACUACGAGCAGUCUCACACAUUCGGCCUGAGACUGCUCAGUGUGCUCUGCUGUAAUCUGGACUCCUUCCUGCUGCUGGAGAGCCAGUACAACAUCUGCUCCAUGCUGCUGCAGAGUCAGAAGGAGGACGUCACUGAGCCGGUCUCCAGCGAGGGGGAGUUCAUCAUAGACGGUCUGUCCGUGGAGAGGAAUCACAUUCUGGUGCGUGUCAGCGUGGUGGGAGGUCCGUCUGAGAGGAAGCUUCCUCCUCGAGCUCUGCAAGAGGGAGGAGAUCCUUACCCCUGGCCCAUGUUUUCAAGCUACCCUCUACCUCCCUGCUACACUUUGGACCCACCAAAGAUCGACCAUAAGGCCCAGGACUCCGAGAUCGCUGCUUUUCUGGCCUCAUCUAAAGACGCAAAGAAAAAGGCGAGCUGGAUGGAGGACUGUAGGAGACUGUACUGCAGAGUCAUGACCUCCAAACCCAACGUCGUCACUGGAAAGGUGCUGGCUGACCUUCUGGAGACGGUUGUGGCUCAUCUAUCCAGCUCUGCCACAGAGUGCUUCUUCCCUCCACCUCAGUACAAAGCCGAGGAGCAGACUGUGAAGAGUGCUGUAUUAUCCACCGUGGAGCAGCUGGGAGUCGACACCUGUCUCAGGUAUGGCCGCUUCCUGAAGAUACUAAAAGAAGAUGCUGUGAAUGAUCUGACGCUGCUACUGAAGCAUGUUAAGACCUUCCUGUCCACUCAGUCACUUCAGACCUCUUCAGAGCUCAUCACUCAGCAGAGAGGUUAUCCUGGCCACGACUGGCUGCUCUCCACUGUGUUCCUCAUGAUGUCCGGAGAUACAGACCGCUCACUGCGUCUGUUACUCAACCUGUCCUCUCUGCACACCUCAGCGUUCAUCUGGCCGGCAAGAAUACACGCCUCUGUGUACGUUCCUGUUGAAGUGGCUGUAUCGGGAAUCCCUCCUGUUUACUGGUGUACAGCUCACUAUGUGGAGAUGCUGUUGAAAACUGAAGUUCCUCUGGUCCACUCCGCCUUCAGGAUGUCUGGUUUCACCCCAUCCCAGAUGUGCCUCCACUGGUUGACCCAGUGUUUCUGGAACUAUCUGGACUGGACUGAAAUCUGCCACUACAUUUCCACCUGUGUGCUGAUGGGUCCUGACUACCAGGUGUACAUGUGCGUGGCCGUAUUCAAACAUCUGCAGCCCGACAUCCUGCAGCGCACACAGUCCCAGGAGCUGCAGAUCUUCCUCAAGGAGGAGCCGAUCCCAAACUUCAAGGUGAGCGACUACCUGGAGUUCAUGGAGGGACUGAAGAGCAGAUACAGAGAGCUCGUUCUCACUGACAUGCAAACCAUCCGUAACCCCGUGGAGUAAGAACACGUCUGACUUCUGUGUCUUGUAACAGAUUGUUACGGAGUGGUUGUUGGACAACUUGUGUCGUCUUGAUGAAGAUCGAGUGGAUAUCUCUUUGUGUCGAUGUUUACUAUUUUUUCACGCUGAUCGAAGGAGCUCUCGGUGAGCUGAUGACAGGCAGAUGGAGACGUAUCAGGGAUGAAAGCCUUUAAAAUAAGAGUUAAGAUGCUUUAAUUGCAACAUCUCAUAAAUACUACAGUGAAUACGCAUCUGCCUACAAAACAGACAUCAAAUAUCCAGCGUGCUUGAUGUCUAUAAAUCUAAUUGUAUCUAAUUCACAAAGAUACCUGGUACUCUGGAAGUUUUUGAAAUAAUUAUUCUACAAUUCACGUAGCAGGCACUUUUAUCCAGAGCGACGUACGUUAGAGAGUAAGAGCAACACAAGCAAGAAUCUAGAGAGCUUUGGAGGUGCUGACAGGAGGCGUGCAAAUGCACAAGCACAACAUCAACAGCUGUUCUUGAGAGUUUAAUUAGCAUCAAAACAACCCCUAAAUAUCGACAUUAUCAAUAUCAAUAAGUGCGUAGGUGUUCAUGAAAGAGAUGAGUCUUUAGCUGGAUUUAUGUUCUUGAUAUGAACAACAAAACAAAACGUUUUAAAAGUCAGACUCACUAAAUGUUAGUCACAGAAACUUUGCUGAUGAAAUGAAAUAAAAAACUACCAGCAGGAGGAUCCUUAAAUGUUACAUGAUUUCUAUCAACAAAUCAAACUAAAUGUGUUACUUAGUAUCAGCUUUGUCCUGCAGGUUGAACAUUAAACUACAUGAUGUAAAUAUAUGUGAUGAUCAUGAAGGGCGAGAACUGCUCAGAAGAUCCAGUAAUCACAUGAAUUUAAUGUUAUAUUUCUGUAUUUAUUAUUUUCCUACAUUGUACAUUUUGAAGGUCUUUUGUAAGGGGUUGAAGUAUUAAAAACCUUCAGUUACAGCUGUGAGU